AUGUCACGAGAAGAGCUCAUUGUUCUGCGAAAGACUCUCACUGAGCUACUCGACAAGGGUUUCAUUCGAGCAAGUAGUUCUCCAGCGUCAGCACCAGUUUUGUUCAAAGACCGAUAUCCCUUGCCGUUGAUCGAGGAAACUUUGCGGUCGCUGUCCAAGGCCAAGUGGCUCACCAAACUUGACGUUAUCGCAGCAUUUCACAAGAUUCGCGUCGAGGAGGGAGACGAGUGGAAGACAGCAUUCAGAACACGUUACGGACUCUACGAAUGGCUUCGUUACAUAAACCACACGUUGCGAGAUUUCCUCGACGAGUUCUGUUCCGCUUACAUUGACGACAUCUUGAUCUACUCGAGCGGUUCGCUCGCAGAUCAUCGCAACAAAGUCAGGCAGGUCCUUGCUCGACUGCGAGAUGCAGGCCUGCAGAUUGAUAUCGACAAGUGUGACUUUGAGGCAAAGAGUGUCAAGUACCUGGGCUUCAUCGUCGAAGCCGGAAAGAAGGAUGCGGUGUUUGCGUGGUCGAAGGAGUGCGACAAGGCCUUCGAGGAGUUGAAGGCUCUUCUGACCAGUGCGCCGGUCCUUGCGCAAUGGGAUCCGGAUAGAGAGACGAUUGUGGAGACGGAUUCAUCCGAAAACGCACCGGCGGAGUGCAACUACCCAAUCCACGAUAAAGAGCUGCUGGCGAUCAUUCGCUGCCUUGAGCAUUGGGACGCCGAAUUGAGGAGUGUGAAGUCCUUUACCGUUUUGACGGAUCAUCUCAACCUCCGUUACUUCACCAAGAAGCACUUCACCAUCAAGCAUCGACCGGGCAAAGAAGCCGUCGUACCGGACACGCUGUCUCGACGAGAACAGGACAUGCCGCACAGCGCCGAAGAUGAUCGGUUGCAAGGACGACGUGUUCAGCUGCUGCAACGUAACAAGGGUGGCCUGGUGACAAAAGUCAAGAGCGGUUAUGUCACCAAGGGCGACACGGAUCAACCUGAUGACGCAACAACUGACCAAGACGACUCAAUCGAAAACCCUUCUCGGACCCGGAACUGCAGAAACCUGCCACCAACCAAGUCGAACGGUUCGACCAACCUUAUGGUCGUGACGGACAGACUGUCCAAAAGUGUCGUUCUUGAGUCAUUGAAGGACAUCACGGCCGAGACGACGGCCAGAGCAUUGCUACGGAACGUGGUGCAACACCAUGGCGUGCCGCGCGCGAUCGAUAACUGGGAAGAGCUGUUGCCAGCGGCCAUGAUGGCCAUCAACAAUCACAACUCGACGUCGACAGGCCUGAGCCCGUUCUUUAUCACGCAUGGGUAUCAUGUUGACCCGAUACAAGUCAAGGAGAAGUUACGGACGGACGGAAGGUCCCCAGUGACCAGGGCUGAAAGCAUUGUGCAACGAUUUCGAGAGGCAACGGAAUGGGCCCAGGCGGCAAUUGCGUCAGCGCAAGAGCAGCAAGAGAAGAACGCCAAUUCGCGAAGACAGCCGUCAGACCAGUUCAAGCCUGGAGACAAGGUAUGGCUGCGACUUCGCAACAUCCGAUCCAAUCGGCCAUCCAAGAAGCUCGAUUGGCUGUCGGCCAAGUACACCGUCCUGGAGACCAUUGGGUCACACGCGUGCAGGCUGGACACGCCUCCGGGAAUACACAACGUGUUCCACACGUCGGAUGACUACCGCCCACCGGCCAUUUUGACGGACGAUGGCGAGCUGUGGGAAGUGGAAGAGAUUCUGGACAGGAAGAAAGUCGGAGAGAGUGGAAAGUGUUGGUGA